UCUGUAUUGUUUUCACAGUGUUAGUAAUGGGAAAGUUCUCUUUUCCUUCAUGGUGCUUCUCCUGCACUUGCUUCUAAUCCUCUUCACUUCCUCAGGAAGAAACCAUUGCUGGACCUUCUACCCUUACACCAUCUUCUCCACAAUCAGCAAAUCCCGGACCUUCUACUACAUUAUCUUCUCAACCUUCUCAACAACCAGCCAACGCUGAACCUUCUACUACCACUCCAAAGGAUUUGGAGACAUUUCUACAUAAAUUCAAUGAUGUAAGCCAGCUUCACGAUCUGAUAAAGUUCGUCGAACAUCUAUUGAAGAUCGCGUCGGGAGAGAAGAAGGAAGAAGGAUCUAGUUCCGAAGUAAAUUCUUAUAUCCAGGAUGGCCAAACACUACUGGAGUUUGUAGAUAAACACAUUGGCAAACUUCCUCAAGAGAAGGAUUCCAUAGAUGGCUUAGGUGCAGAGACGCAGAAAAUUCUCACAGAUUUGCUCAAAGGCGCUGGGAAAAUUCACUGGGUGGGGGCAGCACUUUCUAUGGUAGGAUUUGCAUUGGCCAGAUAUAAUGAGAUGUCUAACAACCAAAGAGAGUGCCUUGAAAUUUUGAAAGCUAUGGUUAAUCUUGGGAAGCAAAUAGUGGAGUUGAAUGAGCAAAUGCCAUAUCAGAAGCAGCAUUUAAAUGAGGCAGUGGAGUGCAUCGUUGUAGGAUGCAGCAUGUGCACGUCGCAACUUACAGCCGUCAAAAUUUUCAGAUUGUUUCCACGUGCCAAAGAGGCUUUUCUCGAUAUCAGAGCUCUAGAAGAGGCGUCAUUCGUCAAGACAGACGAAAAUGCUUAUGUGAUUGUUCAUGACAUAGUCCGAGCAAGAGGGAGAAAGAUGGCAGAGGGAAACAGAAUCACAGAUGAAGAGAAACUCAAAAACUUAAAAGGCAUCUAUUUUGAUGAACCAUCUGAGCAGCCUCCGAUAGAAAUUAAUGAUGCUAUCAUUAUUGCCACUUGAGGCAGUCUUGUUAUGCUUAUAAAAA